ACCAGGGGGAGCUGAUGUUGAAGAAAGUGUCCGACCAGACAGACAGGGACAUGAUCCAGGAGCCGCUCACCGAGCUGCGCCACCUCUGGGAGAACCUGGGUGAUAAAAUUACCCAGAGACAGCACAAGCUGGAGGCUGCCCUGCUGGCUCUGGGUCAGUUCCAGCACGCCCUGUCUGAGCUGCAGGCCUGGCUGAGCCACACACACACCACCCUGGACACACAGCGACCAGUCAGCUCUGACCCCAAGGCCAUCGAGAUCGAGCUGGCCAAACACCACGUUUUGCGUAAUGAUGUGCUGUCCCAUCACGCCACGGUGGAGAACGUGACCUGCGCUGCCACUGAGCUGCUGGAGUCCUCGCCCGGCGAUGAGGCCAGUCACCUGAGGGAUCAGCUGGAAAAGCUCAACCAGAGCUGGGAGAGCCUCCUGCUCAAGACACAGGAGCGGCAGAAACUACUGGAGGCUGCGCUGCAGCAGGCUGAAGGUUUCCACGGUGAGUUGGAGGAGUUCCUCCAGUGGCUGAGGAGGACGGAGAGCCAGCUGUCUGCCGCCAAACCGACAGGCGGUCUGCCCGAGACGUCCAGGGAGCAGCUCCAGCAACACAUGGAGCUUCAGGCUCAGCUGACUCAGCGAGGGGACCAGUACCAUCGCCUGCUGGAUCAGGGGGAGUCUAUGCUGCUGGCCCGAGGAGGAGAGGACGCAGGACCCGGUACCACCCAGACCCAGCAGAACCUGGCCAUGCUGCAGAACAAGUGGGGCAGCCUCAACACCAAGAUGGAGGACCGCAGGGGAAAACUGGAGGAGGCUGUUUCCUUGGCAACAGGUUUCCAGACGUCCUUGCAGGACACCAUCAACUGGCUGACCCAGGCUGAGCAGACCCUGAACAUGGCACAGCCCCCGAGCCUCAUCCUGGACACUGUCCUCUUCCAGAUCGAUGAGCACAAGGUAUUUGUGAACGAGGUGAACACCCACAGAGAGCAGGUCCUGGCCCUGGAGAAAGCCGGCUCUCAGCUUCGCUUCGCCAGCCUGAAGCAGGAUGUGGUGCUCAUCAAAAACCUGCUGCUCAGCGUCCAGGCGCGCUGGGACAAGCUGGUGCAGAGGUCACUGGACCGCGGCCGACACCUGGAUGAGGCCCGCAAACGAGCCAAACAGUUCCACGAGGCGUGGAGGAAGCUGACUGACUGGCUGGAAGAAGCUGAGAAAAGACUGGACUCAGAGCUGGAGAUCUCCAACGAGCCGGACAAGAUCAAAAUACAACUGACCAAACACAAGGAGUUUCAGAAAGCUCUGGGCUCAAAGCAGCCAGUCUACGACACCACAGUGAGGUCUGGGAAGGCCAUGAGGGACAAGGCUCAGCUGCCUGCAGACACCCAGAGACUGGAUCACCUGGUGGGAGAGGUGCGAGACAAGUGGGACACCGUCUGCGGAAAGAGCGUGGAGAGACAACACAAGCUGGAGGAAGCCCUGCUGUUCUCAGGUCAGUUUGCGGAGGCUCUCCAGGCUCUUGUUGACUGGCUGUACCGAGUCGAACCUCAGCUGGCUGAAGAUCAGCCCGUCCACGGAGACCUGGAUCUCGUGUCCAACCUCAUGGACUCACAUAAGAGUUUCCAGAAAGAGCUGGGGAAGAGAACUGGCAACAUUCAGGCUCUGAGGCGUUCGGCUCGGGAUCUGAUAGAGACGGGUCGCGAUGACACGGCCUGGGUCAAAGUUCAGCUGCAGGAGCUGAGCAACCGCUGGGAUACAGUGUGUGCCCUGUCAGUCACCAAGCAGACCCGCCUCCAGCUGGCGCUCAAACAGGCGGAGGAGUUCCGUACGGCGGUGCAGGUGCUCCUGGAGUGGCUCUCAGAGGCGGAGCAGACGCUUCGUUUCCGCGGCGUCCUUCCGGAGGAGGCGGAGACUCUGCAGGCGUUGCUGCACACCCAUCGUGACUUCAUGGGCACCGUGGAGGAGAAGAGGGGGGACGUCAACAAGGCUGCUGGCAUGGGAGAGUCCAUCCUGACUCUGUGUCACCCAGACUCCAUCACCACCAUCAAACACUGGAUCACCAUCAUCAGGGCGCGUUUUGAGGAGGUGCUGACGUGGGCUAAACAGCACGAGCAGCGGCUGGAGACGGCUCUGACCGAAGUGCUGAACAACGCCAACCUGCUGGAGGAGCUGUUGUCAUGGCUACAGUGGGCCGAGACCACGUUGGUCCAGAGAGACGCAGACUCGCUUCCUCAGGACAUCGCACAACUCAAAUCGCUCAUCACAGAGCAUCAGACGUUCAUGGAGGAGAUGACGAGGAAGCAGCCGGACGUGGACAAAGUGACAAAGACGUACAAAAGAAAACCAGCGGAGCCUCACAGCAGCCUGUCGGAGAGGAGAGGAGCUCGCAAACAGCAGCAGCAGCAGCAGCAGCAGCAGCAGGCAGCCAUGCAGCUUUCAGGAGGAAACCCCAGACUCAACCAGCUCUGUGCCCGGUGGCAGCAAGUGUGGCUGCUGGCUCUCGACCGUCAGCGCAAACUCAACGAUGCACUGGACCGACUGGAGGAGCUCAAGGAGUUCGCCAACUUUGACUUCGACGUGUGGAGGAAGAAGUACAUGCGCUGGAUGAACCAUAAGAAGUCUCGCGUCAUGGAUUUCUUCAGACGCAUCGACAAGGACCAAGAUGGAAAGAUCACGCGGCAGGAGUUUAUCGACGGGAUCCUGGCCUCAAAGUUUCCCACCAGUAAGCUGGAGAUGACCGCAGUGGCCGACAUCUUCGACAGAGAUGGAGACGGUUACAUCGACUACUACGAGUUUGUCGCUGCUCUUCACCCCAACAAAGACGCGUACAGACCGACCACUGACGCAGACAAGAUCGAGGAUGAGGUGACUCGUCAGGUGGCUCAGUGUAAAUGUGCCAAGAGGUUCCAGGUGGAGCAGAUCGGAGAAAACAAAUACCGGUUCUUCCUCGGAAACCAGUUUGGCGACUCUCAGCAGCUGCGUCUGGUCAGGAUUCUGCGCAGCACGGUGAUGGUGAGAGUCGGAGGCGGUUGGAUGGCUCUGGACGAGUUUCUGGUCAAAAAUGAUCCAUGCAGAGUGCAACAUCCAGGACUUAAGAUUCUCCGCUCCGACUCCAGUAGCUCCAUCUCAUCUCGUAUAGCUCGUGGGCGAACCAACCUGGAGCUGAGGGAGAAGUUCAUCCUUCCUGAAGGAGCGUCUCAGGGCCUGGCCGCCUUCCGCUCCCGGGGACGACGCUCGAAGCCGGGCUCCAGAAACGCCUCCCCCACCCGCUCCUCCUCCUCUGCCUCCCACAGCGGCGCCUCCCUCCCCUCUGCUCCCUCCACCCCUGCCACACCGACGGCCUCCGCGUCCUCCAGGUCCUCCCAUACUCACUCGCGUGACUAUGCCAAGCCCUGGCUGGCUCACAGUAAAACUCCAACGCCAACCAAGUGCCACUGCUGCCCAGAUCUGGGUCUCGGCCACACCACUCCUGGGCACGAGGGGGCGGCGUCGGGAUCCAAACUGAAGAGGCCGACCUUCCACUCGAGCCGCGGAUCGUUGACCGGAGAGAACGGAGGAACGACACACGGCUGCAAACCAGGACGAUCCGAUCCAAAGCGAGGUGCCAGUGGUCCGACCAGCCGAGCCGGCAGCCGGGCGGGCAGCCGAGCCAGCAGUCGGCGCGGCAGUGAUGCCUCGGACGCAUCCGAGCUCCAGGACGCUCGCUCCGUCUGCUCCGACACCUCAGACACCCCGAGACGACCCGGCAGCGGCGCCAAACCCUCCAAGAUCCCCACCAUCUCCAAGAAGACCCCCAGCCCAAAGACCCCGGGGUCUGCAAAGAAAUAACAGCAGGGAAAAGAAAAACUGGAUUACACCCCCGUCACAGAGGGUGGACUGCUGUCAUCGGCCAUCUUGGGUUCACCCGCUCUUCCACAUCCAUCCGUGGGGCUUGUUUUGAAUCUCUGCACUUUGACUGACAUCAGGAGAAAGGAGGAGACGGAGGAGACGUUCUUCUCUUUCUUUCCCCGUUCUGAGAACCAUGUCUGAAAAUAAGAACCAAGAGGAAAAAGGUUCUGGUCUGACGUCUCAGUCCAGAGUCUGUGGGGGCCAAACCCACUUUCCCUCUAAGAAGCGACUCCAGUUUGCCUUCCAGUCUCCUGCUUCCUCUUCCAUGACUUCCCCACCAGCGUGGAAUCGAACACCGACUGACAUGACGUGAUGCUGCCUUACUUUCACACUUGUAUCCCGCUCAUACAGAGCGACACAGAAAGUCUUUAAACUGCUUUACACCACACUGACACACAGAUACACACAUUGUAACUCAGAGGCGGGGCAGGGAGCGGGACACACCACCGCCACCACCACCACCGCCGCCACCACCGCCACGGCUAUGAAAACAAAGAGGAGCUCAAAUGUCCUUCAGGAAAAAAGAGAAGAAUUGUGGGUUAUUAUUUUGGCUUGUGGGCCAGAUGCCUCAGCGAUGAGUUAAAAAAGAAAAUAUGCAACGACCGCCCUGUCGCUUCCUCUGGCGAGAAAAAGCGUCACCUCAGCAGAUGGGAAGCAAACCACAUGUGGGGAGCUCAGGAGGUGGGAAACACACACCGGGCCGACCUCAGGCUCGGAGGAUCGGUGGCGGUGGCGGUGGUGAUGACGGUGGCGGUGCUGCUACAGCUGAGGGCAAACAAUCGCACACUCAAACACCGCAGAGCUGACUCCUCCCGACCGCUGGAACGUUAAAUCCGGACCCGUGUGUGCAUCUCAGCGAAGGGCGGCGUGGUUCAGUCGCACGUCGAUGCAACGAUCUGACGCAAAAAUCACAAACUGGCAAUAGAAGGACUGUUUCCAAGGAGACAAACUCAUCUAACAGCACAUUAACCCGUGUUCACGGACUUCAACUACCAGCAUGCACUAGUCGUCUCUUCCUCUGCAGUUCCACCUUAAUGUCCACACUGCGUUGCCCUUAGCAACCCAGCUGCACACACACACACACACACACACACACGUUAAGGGAUGUGCGUCACGUGUGUCUUUGUUAAAUAACUACGAGAGGUCAUUGACUCGAGUCGCUGUAUGCAAACAUUUUAAUUUGCGAAUGUCCUUUUUCUCCUGGUUGUUUUCUGGUUAAUUUAUAAUCCAGUUGUAUUUUUGUUUUCUAGCUUGAGAGAAGAAUCUAUUUAUUUUUCAGUUUCAUGUCAUAUCGGCGUCGGCGAAAAGAGCGAUGGUGAAAGAAUUUAUGAUUUUUGUACCGAGGAAAAGAUUCACUCCGCUCCGACCUUAUUUGUGUGUGUUUCUACGUCAUUGUGACGUCGCACCGAUCACUAGGUCUCUGACUCUAGUGG